AUGUCCGAUGACACACCGAGAGACCGACGGCGCCAGCGUGCCUGCCUGUUAUGUGGUCUGAUCAAAUCCACCAGCCAAUUCCAGAACGACGGCUGCGACAACUGCUACGUUUGGGUCAAGACCGACGUAUCCUACUUUGAGUACACCUCCGCAAAGUUUGAUGGGGCCAUCGCCAUGCUGGAGCCCGACUCAUCUUGGGUAGCCCGCUGGCAGCGCAUCGACAAGUUCUGCAGCGGCAUUUAUGCCAUCCGAGUAUCUGGCCGCAUCUCCAAAAACCUGGAAGAUCGCCUGGCUGAUGAAGGCUUCAAGUAUCGUCCGCGCGACGGAUCGGCGCAAGAAUAG